AUGGCUAACCUCGACUGGCCUCUCUCCUCCCCAUCGUUCAACACUAGUCGCGAUCCACAGUACUACCACAACGACUUCACCAGCGCCUUGCCUCAACCGACAGACCCUUUACACGUUCCAAUCACGCGGUCUAGCGUCUACGAUGUCAGCUACACUCCGGAUACCAGACCGAGGUCCAAAAUAAAGCCAUUGAUAUGGCCUGCUGUCGCCAUAACAACACCUCUUGCCCUGCUAUCUGCAGCUUUGAUGGGUCUUGUGUUCGGCUAUGGCGUUCGUCCUCAGCAGAGCAUCUUCAGAAGUGAUGACGAUCAGUCGUAUAGCUACAGUAAACCAUACGUGCUGGUAGACUUCUCCGCAACCCGACUCGUUUUUGCAGCCAGCUUCCUCUCGACGGUUGCGCCGCUGCUGACCAGUUUCAUCAUGACUCUGUGGGGUCUUCUAGCAUCUCGUACCAUGAGCCAAGCCUCCACUACUUCGCAUUUUGAGAGACUUCCGACACCGUACCAGCUCUCUAUCCUCAUAGGUCUGUGUCUGGCGUCAAUGGAGCAGCUGAGAACCUACUUCGGCUACGUCUUCUCGCGACGGCGAAAGAUCGCAUUGCCACCCGUACUCAACAGAGCAGCAUUGGUGUUUACACUUUCAGUGUGCCUGGCUACCGCAGUCUUCAUAUCAGACACAGUUCUGCAUUAUGUCACCUCGACUAUCCUCUUUGACCGUGUUAGUAUCACGGUCGAACCAACGAGAGCCUACGGCUAUGGACUGUCACAGAUAUGCCUUGACUUGAACCGAAUCAAGGACAACUCCGGAUUCCCCUGUUCACUGCCAGUUGGACCUGUAUUCGAUGAUGCAAACAGCACAGCCAAGUAUAAUGAGAUCAGUAGGCUGCAGGCCAAUAUUUCUUCAGUAAGCCAGAUCCGCAUGACAGGUGUCAGUGGGAUGAACGCGGAUGUUGCAAUCAUGAUUCCCAACCCCAACACAGUCUCCGGGGCCGAGGACUAUCGCGCCGUCACCGUCGGCGUAGCGACAAGCUGUAACCUGGUUCCCCCUGGACUGUGCGAUCUGCAAGCGACUGGCAACAGAAGUACUUUUACCGAUUUUCACUGCUCGGACAACUUCUUCGGCAUGCUAGGCAAAGCACCAAACGUGUCUCUCACAGAUGGCACCAAGGCCGAGGAUCCAGAUCUAUCCCCGCUGUCGUUCAAACCUUCAGGCAACUUACAAUAUUCCUAUUUCACGAGCCCCAAUUUCGAUGUCAUAUACAACCCCGAGUCGUGGGAUCCCAAUACCAACCAGCCGAACGAUCCCGAGGAGUCGCACAUUUUACCGGACGACAAACUCAUAAAUCCUAUGUACGUGGGAUUUGCCGCACGGAUCGGCCAGUUGACAUUCACCGAGGGAUCCAGCAUGCCAUUCUCAGACAUGAUUUUCGACAGUGGGAACUAUGUUGCCGAUUUCAUCAUGUCGUGUUCGAUAACGUCCUACACCGUUGAGUAUACAUGGUACAAAUCAUCGGUCCACAACGUCUCGGCCACCCCAACGCCGAACGGAACCCUCAUCGAAGUGUUUCACGGCGACCAGGUCUACAAUACAGUAGCCGGAGGGGCCUUUGACUUGCAGCAGAAUCUCGUCAGUGCAGCAAUUGCCGGGAACGACACUGAAUCGUUCCUCAACAAGUGGCAAGAUCUCUACUCAGUCAAAGCGAUGAGUCAUAUAGGCGGCCAUCUUACGGGACGUACCAAUCUUCAAGAGCAAAGGCGGGAGUCUGUUCUGGUAGCGAAGGUCCCCAAGCCCGCUCUCGGGGCACUCAUUGGUUUCUCGCUAGUUUACACUGUGCUGGGAAUCUGGCUGGUCAUAACAGCGUACAAGGCCUCCUCCGACGAGGUACACGCUAUAGCUGAGCAGUUGAGUUUGGCUGGCCUAACGAACAUGGCCUUUGGUGGCUCAAAGGACAAGGAAGCGGCUGCAGCGAUCACUCCGCGCUCACAGCAACCAAAUACACCAAGCGAGGGUGACUAUUUUAGUACAAAGAGUGUCUCUCGAUCAGAGACGAGGAGAGUGAAGAUCAACGGGGCAGAUUUUCAAGUUUGGGUCUGA